AUUUCUUAUUUCCACUUGUGUCUCCGGGUGAGGUAUUUCCCUUUUCUUUUAUGCAGAGACUGAGUCUUAAGGUGAGUGACCCGCUGCAACCCAACUCGUGCAUUCGAAGAAGGGUUGGUUUUGGUUUGGUAAACUUCCAUCCAUGGUCUCCGAAUCCGAACUCAUCGGCCGCCUCCGCGAGUUCCUCCGGAGUUCCGACCUCAACACCACCACCACCGCCACCGUCCGCCGCCAGUUGGAGGCUGAUUUCGGUAUUGAUUUAUCCCACCGCAAGGCAUUCAUCAGGGAACAAGUCGACUUGUUCCUCCAGACUGAGCACAACCAACCGCAACAGCAACAACAACAAGACGACGACGUACCAAAAGACGAGGGAGAGGAAGAAGAGGAAGAUGCCCUUAAUAAUCCCGAGCAAAGUGAAUCAUCCGAUUCCAAGGAAGAAUCGGAAGAAGACGACGAUAACGACGAAGAGGAACGAGAUAAACCUAAGCAUGCCAAAAAUGCCAAGAAGAAUAAAGGACGAUCUAACAAGUUAGGUGAUGAGGUAGCAAAGAAAAGAGGUGGUGGAUUUUGCAAAUUGUGUAGCCUGUCUCCACAACUUCAGGAAUUCAUGGGUGCUCCAGAAAUGGCCAGGACUGAGGUUGUUAAGCAAAUAUGGGCCUAUAUUAGGGAGAGAAAUUUGCAAGACCCAAAUAAUAGACGGAAUAUAAUUUGCGAUGAUAGAAUGCGGGCCCUUUUUAAUGUCAACUCCAUCAACAUGUUCCAAAUGAAUAAAGCAUUGUCGAAGCAUAUCUGGCCGUUGGACUCCGAUGAUGUUGUCCAGGUGAAGUCCACACCAAAGGAGAAGAAGAAUAAGAAGCAAGAGAGAGAUGAUGAUUCGGAUGAGCCAAAAAGAAAGGAAAAACGGCAGAAGGGAGCAGGGAAAUCAGGUUUUCUUGCCCCUCUUCAGCUAUCAGAUGCCCUUGUAAACUUCCUUGGUACCGGAGAAAGUGAGUUAUCAAGAACUGAUGUUAUAAAAAGAAUGUGGGAUUACAUUAAAGGAAACAACCUUCAGAUGGGUUCUCUUUCCAUAUCUGCUGACCGCACCAACUUUUGAAGUUAGCUUCCAACCCCUCUUGACCGAGAAAAUUGGUGCUAUCUAACUUUAUUACUACUCUUCUUAUGUAACUUCCUCAUUAUUAACCAAUAUAUCCUUUUUCACAGUAUAUUUUGUCUACCGGCUUAAAAUACAUUCCCAUUGUAUAUGCUGAAAGUUGUAGAACAUAAUUUGUUUGAUGGGCAUGCUUGGAGUGAAAAUGGAACGGAUGGAAUUUAGUGGACCACAAAUCAGCAUAAUGUUUAAAUGUUUUGUGAAUCUUCACAUGUUUCCUCUAAACUUAUUUUUGAUCCUCUAAUACGAUGUGUCUCGUAUUAGAUUUUCAACCUUCCAUAGACAGUCAUUUAUUAUCAUCUAAUGUACGAACAGAAAUUGUAAGAGGCUAAAAAUUGAAAUUGAUGAAAAGAUUGUUCACGUUUUUUUAA